GAACCUGCUGCAGGCCACACCCACCCACGCACACACACACAAUCCAAAACGCUCCUCCUUCUCCAGUCGACUGAUCGAUCGAUGGACUGGGCGUACUACGGCAGUGGCUACUCGACGCCGGCGAGCGGCGGCGGCGGCGGGGACGAGGACGCCUACAUGACGGUGUCGUCGGCGCCGCCGAAGCGGCGCGCGGGGCGGACCAAGUUCAAGGAGACGAGGCACCCGGUGUACAAGGGCGUGCGCAGCAGGAACCCCGGGCGGUGGGUCUGCGAGGUGCGGGAGCCGCACGGCCGGCAGCGGAUCUGGCUCGGCACCUUCGAGACCGCCGAGAUGGCGGCGCGCGCGCACGACGUGGCCGCGCUGGCGCUGCGCGGCCGCGCCGCCUGCCUCAACUUCGCCGACUCGCCGCGCAGGCUGCGCGUGCCCGCGCAGGGCGCCGGCCACGACGAGAUACGCCGCGCCGCGGUGGAGGCGGCCGAGCUGUUCCGCCCGCAGCCCGGGGAGCGCAAUGUGGGAGGUUCCGAGGCGGCGGCCGAGGCGGCGGCGGCGGCGCCCUGCGCGAUGGGGAGCGGCGACCUCGGCGGCGGCGAAUUCCCUUACUACCCGGUGGACGACGGGCUGGAGUUCGAGAUGCGUGGGUACCUUGACAUGGCGCAGGGGAUGCUCAUCGACCCGCCGCAGCCGGCCGCUGGGCAGUCGGCGUGGAUCGAGGACGAGUACGAAUGCGAGGUCAGUCUUUGGAGCUACUGAUCGAGCGCGUCUGGUACCAACAAGGACCCUGUGUACAUACAGCUUAUGGUGUGCUGAUGAUGUCUGUACUGUUUCCCUGCUCUUCUGACGAAUCGCAAUCGCAAUGCAGUCAGAAGGAGCAGAGGAGUGUGCUUAGGUUUUGAGCGGCUGUCUCUGCACAUUUGGCGCUAACACGGCCAAGGUAGCCUUGGCGCCAGAUAUGGCACUUGGUGCGGACGCCCUCUUAUAAGUUACGUAAGAUAAGAACCACAUGGUGUAAUAAACAGCAGAGCCUGCUGAGCGUUUGAACCUGCAGCGAUGUCAAUCAAGUUGCCGUGUGAUGUUUAGUGGAAUUUACCUGAACUGAAAACAUAUGUGCUCUAUGGAUGAAUGUCCACUGCAGGAGCAAAAUAUAUGGAUUGGAAAAAAGGGAGGCAAAGACUUGUUUGUCCCUACCCUGUAUGUUCCAACA